AUGUUAGUGGCGUGCAGUGGGCAUGGGAAGAACGGUGCACUGUCCGUGCUGCUGCAGCGAGUGCCACUCGAUGUGCUCACACAGGAGGACCUCCCUGGCUGCUGCGGCCUGUGGACUGUGUACGGCUCUGAGCUGCCUUCCGAAUCAAAGGUGGCAGGAGAUGGGCUAGCAGCAGCAGGCGAGGCCACAGGGACAGCCGGAGGAGGGCAGGGAGCAGGGAAGGCUGGAAUUGGAGGGGUUGAGGGUGGUGAGGAGGGGUGUGGCGCAGGUGCAAUGGAGGUGGAGGGAGGGAGUGGGGUGGGUGGUGGAGAGGGGGGGAAGGGAGAUAGAGGUGGAGAUUACCAUGGGUUUCUUGUGCUGGCGUUUGAAGGACAAAGCAUGGUGCUGGAAACAGGCGAGCUGCUUCGGGAGGUGUCAGCAGAGGUCAGUUUUAUCACAGACGCGCCCACCCUCCUGGCUGCCAACCUCUUCUCCCGCCGCUGCAUCCUCCAAGUCACGCCCUCUGCCGUCCGAUUGCUCGCCAGCUCAGCCAGCCUGCUGCAGGAGAUGCUGCCACGUGGCAUGGUGUCUGGGGGGGAGAAUGGGAAUGGGGAGGGGAGGGAGGAAGGGAAGGAGGGGGGAGAGCACGUGGAGAUUGAGUCUGCUGACGUGGCGGAUCCGUAUGUCCUGCUGCGAUUGGUGGAUGGCCGAUUCGUGCUGCUAGGCCCAGAUCCGUCCGAGCCUCUCUCCCUGGGCACAGAUGUCAAAACAGGGGAGGAGAGCGUGAAAAUAGAGGUGAAAGGAACAGAGGGGUCACAGAAAACAGAGGAGGAUGGGCAAGCAGGGGCAGUAGCAGCACACACGCCUGCACCAGUUGCCACCUCAGCACACACGUCAGCGCCUGAUUGGCCGAAGCAGUUUGUCGUGGAUCUGCAUGUGUCCGUCAACCCCAUCACAGGGCGGCUGUUUUUGUUUGUAGUGCUUUCGGACGGGCGGCUGCUGGGGUUCAGAGCGUUCUGCCCCUCGGGAGCCUCCCCUGGAGAUGUGAUUGCAGCGAGUGUGACAGUAACGGGGGAGCGGGGUGCGAAGGUGGGAGGGCGAGCAGAGGGAGGAGGACAGGGGGUGGGGGAGGGGGAACCUGGAGGAAGGGCAGAUAGCAUAGGGGUAGGUGGAUUUGGGGUAGGUGGGUUGCGGUUCCAGAGGGUUUGUUUAGAGGAGGAAGAGGCAGGGAUUCAUGAGGUGGAGGGGGAGGAGGAAGUGGAGGAGGGGAAUAGAGAGAGGGAAGGGGCAGGUGCUAGUGAGGGAGGAGGGGAAAAGGGCACAGUGAAGCAGGAGGGAGGUGAGAAGGGGGAAGGCGAGAGUGGGAGAGGUGAUACUGCAGCAGAAGAGGAGGCACAGGGGGAGGAGGCUGGACGCAGACCCAGAUGGCUGAUGCUGCUGCGAGAUAGAGUGUGGAUGCACCCUGUGGCCACGGAUUCAGCAUCGAGCGUGGUGGCAAUGGCGCCCUUCCACAACGUCAACUGCACGCAUGGCUUUCUCCUCAUCUCCUCACUCGGAGUGCUCUCCAUCUGCCAGCUGCCCCCCCUUUUCCAGUUUGACAAUGCAUGGCCAUUGAACAAGAUUCCCCUGCGCUCAACCCCUCACUCAGUCACUCUCUCCCCCGACGCAGCUCAUCUCUUGCUUGUCACCUCAACCCCCGUGUCCCGCCCUGUCUCUCAAUUCCUCGUUCCUUCCCUAGAAGACCCAAAAGAUCCUUCAACCGCAGCACUAGGCUUGGCCGGACCUGGAAGUCUGGGAGUUCCAGGCAACUCCGGCACAGGCUCGGAAAAGGAUGGCGAAGCAGUAGCUGUGGUUGAGGACUUCCAGCUUCGGGUGGUAACCUGCCCGAGCCUGGAGGCUCCAAGCCGCGCCCUGGAGGUUCGGCAGAGCUUUGAGUUCCAGCCGUUUGAAGCGGUGACAAUGGUAAAGUCAGUGGUGCUGAGGAAUCGCAGCACUGGACAGCUGCAGACGCUCUUGGCAGUGUGUACGACGUUCAUAACAGGGGAGGACGCACCUGGGAAAGGCAGGAUCCUGCUCUUCGAAUAUAACCCUCUGGCAACGGCUGAUGGGGAUGGUCCUGGUGGUGGCGCCAAUGCUGCUGUUGAUGCGGAGGGCAAGGGGGCAGAUCCAAGCAGUGGAGUUCCCUUGCUGAGGGAGCUCUAUUCAAAGGAGCCUAUAGCGGGCAGCAGUCAGAGGGGCAGCGUGGCAGCACUCACAGCAUUGCAGGGGAAUCUGUUGCUGGCGGUGGGGAGGCAGCUGGUGUUGUACGCGUGGAACGGGGUGGAGUUAGAGGGAAUCGCCUUCCUUGAUUCCCCCCUCUAUGUUGUUUCCAUGGGAACGGUGAAGAGCUUUGUGAUUGUAGGGGAUGUGCUAAAAAGCGUCUACUUCCUGCACUGGAGAGAAGAGGGCGCUCAGCUCACCCUCCUCGCACGCGACUUCUCCUCUCUUCCGAUCACAGCCGUCGAUUUCCUCAUCGACGGCUCAGCUCUCGGCCUGCUAGCGGCCGACACAGCCAAGAACCUCCAAGUCUUCGCAUACUCCAAGUCGAUCGAAACACACAUGGGGCAAAAGCUCCUCCUAAAGGCUUCAUUUCACACAGGAGAGGUGCUCUCAAAGGUUCUUCGGUUGCCGCUACCCCCUCCUCUUGCCACCACUGGAGGAGGGGUGGGUGGAGGGGGAGGGAAGCAGCAGAGGAACCCAGCAGCGGCAGCUUCGGGCCGGACCAACAGGUUCGGCGUGCUGGCAGGGACGCUCGGCGGGGCUAUUGCGGUGGUGACGCCGGUGCCGGAGCUGGUGUUUCGGAGGCUGGACACUGUGCAGCGUUACAUGGUAACCGCAGUGGAGCAGACAGCAGGGUUGCACCCGCUGGCGUUCCGGGCGGUGCAAGGGCUGGGGAAGGGGCAGCAGCAUUCCGGAGUGGAGCGAAUGAUUGACUCUCAGCUUCUUGCUCAGUGA